AUGACAGAUGAUGUUAGCGUAGAGAAACCAUUAUUUAAAUAUAUUCCUAAUGAAAUAGAUUCUAGUGGAGAUGACAAUUCAUCGCGUGCUUCGUCAUUAGCUGACUCUCAGAGCUCAAGCGAUAAUAAAAAUACAUCUCCAAUGCAAACAAUGUCAACACCUGAAUUAGCAUCAGAAGUUGCCUCAUUACAGCCAACUUCCAAUUCUUCCAAAGCAAUAGCAAGAGGGCAAAGCCAAUUCUUACCUCCGCCACCAUCAAAAAGGCCACCGCCACCAAUCAAAACUAAAGAACGUUCCUAUACGCUGAAAAGUUUGCCAAUACCGCCACCACCAAGCAUGAAACCACCGCCACCAAAAAGAACAAUCCCCAUUCCAAAUUAUGGUCCAGAUGAUAGUAUUAGCAAUCCUCCAUUAUCAAUACCAGAUCCUCCACCAUUUACUCCACCUCCUCCAAUGCAUCACUCAAUGAGCGGUCUGCCAAAGCAAUUACAAGCAAAAGCUCGAAGAAGAGAAAAAACUGUUUACGCUCCGAUGACUGCUCCCAUCGUGCAAGAUGAUUCUUCAACAAUUUUGUCAUUUUUGGAUAGUUCAUCAACAAAUGUGAAAGGAACCGGAAUGUUCUACGAACCAGUGGAGCAUGUAAGACUACCACCUAGACCUAGAUCAAUUAGCUGUCUCCAAAUGCCAAUUGACUUUUCUAACCCUUCAUUUUUACAGGAACAAGCUUCGGUUUCAAUAAAGGAACCUGCUAAGAGAGCAAUGCCCACUCGUAAGCGAAUAGAAAGAAAAACUGGUAGUUUCAUUGGAAAAAGAGAUAAAUCUCUCAUCGAUACAUCAGAAGAGGAUACAAGCAAUAAAGAAAAGCGAAAAAAAAUACUUCAGAAAGCUACAUCUGUUGAAGAUCCAACGCUAAAUGAUGAAAAUGGAGCUUGGAGAAAAUUACCAGAAACUCUUACGGAAGAUGACUUGAAAUCGGAAAUAGAGAACCUCAAGAAAAAGAUUGCAAUCGUUUCUGGUCAAAACAAGUUCCUAAAUACAAAGAAGGCGGAAUUUGUCGAAGAACUUAGAAAUCUUCGUAAUAGAAUUACAGAAAUACUAAUGGAAGAUGAUAACCUUUAA